GUUUCCCCACCCUAAAACCCUAGCGCUCACCUCACAUAUAAAUUCAACGUAUUUAGCAAUUGAAGCUUCCUCUGCCAUUCGCUACCCACCGGUGAUCCACUUCCAGGCUCAGCAGCGACUAUCGUCGUCUUAUCUACUCCUUUUGACAUGUCGAAGAAGAAGACAAGAGAACCAAAGGAAGAGAAUGUCACCCUUGGGCCUGCUGUAAGAGAAGGGGAGCAUGUUUUUGGGGUUGCUCAUAUCUUUGCUUCUUUUAAUGAUACAUUCAUUCAUGUCACUGAUUUGUCUGGGAGAGAAACCCUGGUUCGCAUUACAGGUGGGAUGAAAGUUAAAGCUGACAGGGAUGAAUCUUCACCCUAUGCUGCUAUGCUUGCAGCACAGGAUGUUUCUCAGAGAUGCAAGGAACUUGGCAUUACUGCUCUUCAUAUCAAGCUCCGUGCUACAGGAGGUAACAAAACCAAGACACCUGGGCCAGGUGCCCAAUCUGCCUUAAGGGCACUUGCUCGUUCUGGAAUGAAAAUUGGUCGCAUUGAGGAUGUGACACCAAUUCCAACUGACAGCACCCGUAGAAAGGGUGGUAGAAGAGGAAGAAGGCUGUGAAGUGUGUUACACAUGGAAUUGAAUUCCUGUUUGGUGGUGGUGCUUUUAUUAAUUGGUCUUGUUUAGUAGUACUCGUUAGGUCAGCUGGGGCACAAGGUCUUUCAAGUGGUGAAAUUUUUUUUUUUUGUGUAGUGUUUGUGUUGGUGGUUUCGUUGUUCUCGAAUUGAUAUUUAAACCUUGUAGAAACAUGGGGAUAUGAAUUUUGUUGGUGAGGUAAUGUUUUGAAGUCACAUCAUUAUAAAUUUAAUUAUCAAUUAUGAAUUUUCUUGAUGUUUUUA